AUGAGUGAAUCACAGCAAAAGAAUUCAUUACAAAUGAAUAACAAUAACAAUUAUAAUAAUAAUAACAACAACAACAACAAUAAUAAUAAUAAUAAUAAUAAUAACCCAAAUAAUAAUAAUAAUAAUAAUAAUAAUAAUAAUAAUAAUAACAACAUUAAACAUGAAAUUACAAAUUGGAGUAAAUUACAAAUGAUACUAGAGAAAUAUAUAGUAAAGAAUAAUAUAUCGAGUUUGGAUAAAGGAAUGGAUUUAUUAUUACAAUGGUUUGAAACUAUUUCUAAAAAUACUGAUAAAAUUAAUACUUUUAAAUCAAUUGUUGGUAUUAGUCCAGACAAUAACAGUACAAUCACUGGUAGAAUGUCAUAUUCGACUUCAUCGAUUGGUGAUUUAAUUUCAAAUAAUACAACCGAUGAUAAUAAAAAAAGAAUUUUAAUGGAUGUAAAUAAUAAUAAUAAUAAUAAUAGUAACAAUAAUAAUAACAAUAAUAGUAGUAGUAAUAGCGGCGACGAAUCUACACCAUUAUUUGAUUUUAGAAAUAAAAGAAUGAAAGUAUCACGUUUAUUAUGUCACGAAGAAAUGUUACACAAUCCAUUAAAUGAAAAUAAUAAUAAUAUAAAUAAUAUAAAUAAUAAUAAUAUAAAUAAUAAUAUAAAUAUAAAUAAUAAUAAUAAUAAACAUCAUGGUUCAGAUGUUGAAGAGAAUUCAGAAGGUACUUUUGAUGAAGAUGAAAAUUCAUGUCCUGAUAGUUUCGAUAGUAAUGAUAAUAAUUCACCAGAAGAUGCAUAUGGAGGUAGUGAUAAUGAAUCCCCUCACAUUGAUGACGAUAAUAAUGUAAUUAGAUCUCAUUAUGGUAAUCAUCAUAAUAAUAAUAAUUCAUCUUCAAUGAGAAAGAAUAAUAGUGGAACUCAUUCUACAAUCGAUUUAACUCAUAUUAAAUUACCUUCACAAAUGCAACAACAUCAACAAAUUCAACAACAAUUACAAAUGCAACAACAUAUGCAACAACAACAAUUACAAAUGCAACAACAACAACAAGCUCAACAACAAGCUCAACAACAACAAGGUGGUGGAAUUGGUAAAUCACCAACAAUUUCUGGUAAUAAUAGUAGUAUUGCACCAUCACCAAAACAGUUGAUGACAAUUCGUGAGAAAAUGUUGGAAUAUAUUCAAAAGAAUCCAUCUGCAACAAGACCAUCAUGUAUUCAAGUUGUACAACAACCUUCAUCAAAAGUAGUUUGGAAAAAUCGUCGUUUAGAUACACCAUUCAAAGUUAAAGUCGAUUUGAAAGCCGCCUCUGCUAUGGCUGGUACUAAUUUAACAACUGCAAGUGUUAUUACAAUUGGUAUUGUGACCGAUCACAAAGGUAAACUUCAAAUUGAUAGUGUUGAAAACUUUACCGAAGCAUUCAAUGGCCAAGGUUUAGCCGUUUUCCAAGGUUUGAAAAUGACUAAAGGUACUUGGGGUAAAGAAUGGAAUUUAACAUUUAUCGCUGUAGUUCGUCCAAAUAAUGCAUCUUACAAUAAUCCAGUUAUCAUCUCUGUUUCUCAACCAUUUUCAAUCGUUGUUAAAACUCGUAAAAAUCCACAAAUUCGUCAUAAUAGUUAUAGUAGUCAUAUAUUAAAUAAUAACAUUAUGAGUAAUCAAAAUAAUAAUAAUAACAAUAAUAAUAAUAAUAACAAUAACAAUAAUAAUAAUAAUCAAAAUCAAAAUAAUCAAAAUAAUCAAAAUAAUAAUAAUAAUAAUCAAAAUAAUAAUAAUAAUAAUAAUCAAAAUAAUAAUGGUGGAAAUAUGAAUAAUAAUAAUAAUGGUGCAAGUGAAAAUUCAUCAUCAUCACCAGAAGUUUCUCCAACAAUUGCUCCAAAAAGAGGUCGUAUUCCAAACUCUGCUCCACAAAUGUCUCUAUCAUCUGCUCCAACUACAACCCCACCUUCAAAUUCAACUAGUACCACUACAACUACUUCAAAUGGAAGAACUUUUGGACAAGAUGAAAUGGCAAGUUUAUUAUGGGCUGCUGAAAUUAAACAAAAAGAACAACCAGAUGGUGAACCUGAAACCAUCCAAGGUAACAACAACAACAACAACAACAACAACAACAACAACAACAACAAUAAUAAUAACAAUAACAAUAAUAAUAACAAAGGAAAUCAAAACUAUAAUCAUGGUGUAAUUUUAAAUACUUCUAAACCUGUUACAACUAGAUAA